UCGCCUCGGGCGGCAGGGGCAGGGCUCCCGCCCCGCCAUGGAGAGCGGGAUGCCGCUGUCGGGCGGGCAGCGAGCCCUGAUCCGGGAGAGCUGGCAGCGGCUGAGCGGCAGCCCCGAGCAGCACGGCCUCGUCCUCUUCACCAGGUUGUUUGACUUGGAUCCUGACCUGCUGCCCCUUUUCCAGUACAACUGCAAGCAGUUUGCCAGCCCUCAGGAGUGCCUCUCUGCCCCUGAGUUCCUGGAUCACAUCAGGAAGGUGAUGCUGGUGAUUGAUGCUGCUGUGAGCCACCUGGAGAACUUGUCCUGCCUGGAAGAGUAUCUCUGCAACCUUGGCAAGAAGCACCAGGCAGUUGGUGUGAAGGUUGAGUCUUUCUCGACUGUCGGCGAGUCCUUGCUGUACAUGCUGGAGAAAUGCCUUGGUGCUGCCUUCAGCCCAGAGGUGCAGGAAGCUUGGAGCAAACUCUACAGUGCUGUGGCAAAAGCCAUGCAACGUGGCUGGGAGACCCACCCAGAAGGGGACUAGGUCCUGCCAGCCAUCCCUAUCCCUGAUCAUGCAGCAGUCCUGAGCACGGGGAGUCUCACACCACACUCGCUGCCUCUCCCCACCUCUGUCUUUCUGUGUGCCCCAGCCCAUGGCUGCCUCUGCCACUCACACUGCUGAGGGGCUCUCACGUGGUUCCAUCCUCCUUCAACACGAGCGUGUCUCUGCCUUUGCUAAGGGCUGGCAGGGCAUGUCCCUGCAGAAAGCCUGGCAGUGCCACAGCACAGGUAUGCCACCCUGCCCCAAGUUCCUUCAGGAACACCAACACCCAGGUACCUACUCUGGGUUUUAGCUUGCUCAUCUUCCCUCCUCUUGCUACCCACCCUAGGUAGGUGACAGCUGGCAUAGGACUCGGGCUUACUUGCCCAAAAUCCUAUUUGCUGUCUAUCUGAUCCUAGCUGACACUGCUCAGUCCUCCUGUGCUGCUGUACCUGGUUCAGCUGUGGCAGUGACAGAUUUGGCUCCAUCCAGGUCAAAAGGCAGCAAGAGAGCAAGGCUGGUCACACCGUGUGGCUGUCCUCAAACCUUGCAGAGAAUUUUCCCCCUCUCCCUUCAUCAAUAUAUCACUACCAGAUGGUUAAUCCUGGUGCUUUUUCCUUCCUUGCCUCUGACCCGGAUGGGAUCCCUGGCUUUUCCCCGUGUCAGGUUGCCACAACCCAGUAGGUUUCCUAGGGAUGCUUCAGGCAAUAGUGUCACAUUAAUCCCAAGGUGAGACUACUGUUGGCAGGGUUGGGCUGCCAGCUGAAAGGCUUUGUGUUGAUUUGGCCAGCUGGUUUAACCUUAGAGCCAUCUGAAAUGCAGCAACAGCCGCAGUAGCAAUGUCUGUUUACUGCUUUGUGUUUAGGAAAAUAAAAUAAAUCCAGGGAAAAGAUGUCUUAAAAA